AUGUUACGAGUGGGCGUAGAGGAAGAGCGGCUGCCAGCUGAAGAUAGAUUGGAUGAAUUGGAUUAUAUGGACGAAGAAUUCCUCGAAGACAGCGAGACUUCUCUGCUUCGAGAAUCAGAUGCCGAGGAGAAAGAUGCGAUGGAAGUUGGGAAUUUAUACUUAAUGUGUCUGGCCAUCAGCACUGGCGGACUUCAAGUGAUAUGGACGGCCAUUAUGUCUCAAGGCUCUCCUUACUUGGUCUCGCUCUCGGUCCCCAGCUACCUCAUAUCCCUAGUUUGGCUCGCUGGUCCCCUCUCUGGUGCAAUCGUUCAACCAUACAUCGGCAUUCUAUCCGAUCGCUCUGAACACUAUCUCGGCCGUCGUCGACCAUUCAUUAUCAUAGGUACUAUCGCAACCAUUGUCUGUAUCCUAGCACUACCUUGGACAACCGACCUGAUAUCAUACCUCUUUGCCUUAUUUGGAAGCUCGCCGGUUGGGCGCGGCGCAAUGAUAUGUAAAGGGCUUACGGCAGCUGUUUGGAUAUGGGCUUUGAACAUUGCAAUUCAGCCCGUGCAAGGAGGACUAAGGGCAAUUAUCGUAGACUGUGUUUCGCCGAAACAACAAGUAAGAGCUUGCGGCUAUGCUAGUUCUGCUGCUGGAAUUGGUUCAAUUUUAGGUUACACUGCCGGCUAUGUUUCUCUGCCGAAAUAUUUACCAUGGCUUGGCGACACUCAAUUAAAAGGGCUUUGUCUGAUUGCUUCCGUAGCAUUGGGUUCAACUGUUGCGGUGACCUGCUUUACAGCGAAAGAAAAACGUUUUGUUGAUUUAGAUGCGAGUUCAAAAAAGCAGAGUUUCGUCGGGAAUUUACGUCAAAUUCUUAGCAGCAUAAAGACGUGUCCGAGAGAGAUCAGGAAGAUUUGUAUGGUUCAGUUUUUUGCUUGGAUAGGCUGGUUUCCGUUUUUAUUUUAUAUAACCUCAUACCUAGGCGGUCUUUAUGAAGCAGAAUACACCGCAAUAUCCAAAAAGGAAACUCCUACUCUCGCAUUUCCUACCACAUCAUCUCAUUCCAUCCGCCAUGCAACAUUCAUCAUGAUUCUCUUCGCCCUCGUUGCGCUCACCUCAAACCUGACACUUCCUUUGUUCAUCUCACCCUCCUCCAUUAGCUCUGAAGAUCAGAAACCCACUUUCAUCUCCCGCCUCCACAUCAAAUCUCUCACCCUUCCCCGCGUCUGGACAUUCUCUCAUAUCCUCACCACCCUUCUCACUAUGUCUACCUUAUUAACAUCGGCCUUUUUCUCUACCUCAAUUCUUGUUAUCUUCCUCGGUAUCUCCUGGGCCACCACUACUUGGAUUCCUCUCGCCCUCAUCUCUACUGAAAUCUCGCAAUCUCAACAUCGCUCCCGCUCCACUACCUCUACUUCUUCCAUCUCCCUCUCCCAAAUAGCUCAACCUGCCCCCUCAUCCCACAAAAGAAAUAGAAACCGAGAGCCAUUACAAGCAGGCACAAUAAUUGGUCUCUACAACAUGGCAAUUGCUUUGCCGCAAAUUAUCGCUGCAUUACAGGGGAGUCUAGUAUUUUGGGGAUUAGGAGAGGCUGGGGUUGUUGGAACAGAAGCAAUGGGCUGGGUCAUUAGAUUGGGAUGCUUGGGAAGUAUGUUUGCUGCUUGGUUAGCUGAUUCAUUAUGA